UAAAUGGAACGUGAUAUUAAUCAAUAUUUUCCACCUGACAGUAUCUUUAACGAUGACAGUGAACUUUCUGAUUUACCAGAUGACAGUGGUUCUUCAUUCCGAUCAAGCGCAGAGGAAAAGGACGUGUAUAUUCCACGAGGAAAUAUAUCAACACAAGUCACCAAACUGAAUAUAAGCAAGUAUUUUUCUCAGAACAGUAUUUUUUUAUCAGACGAUGAGGAUGACAGUUUGGAAACAGAGCCUGUAACCAAACGGUUGACACCGAAAUCUCCCCGGAGAAAUGUCAAUUUGCAAGACCUUCAGGAUUUCCACGUAUCGAAAUACUCUGAACAAAAGGAAGAUCCUAAGUCUCCAGCGAAAACUGUAUUCAGCACUGAACUAGAAGUACCCAAAAUACCAACAAUAAAGAUAGAAAAAACUGAAAAUGAUUUCCUGGAUCAAGAUUUAUAUGAUACCCCGCCACCACCUCUCCCAAACAAGAAAAGACGUACACUGGAUGUCUCGGGAGAUGAGGGGGCGAUGUACAGACAAUCAGAAGGUGGUCAAUAUACAAGAAGGGGAAGCUGUCCAGGUUUUAUUGGGACGUGGGAAAGAGAUUCCCUGCUACACGAGAAGUACGAUAAUCUUCUGGCCAAUGAGGGUUUAGGGUAUUCAGAAUAUGAGGUUAUAUCAAAUAACUUUUUUUGUAAAAGCAAAACACGAAAAAAGACAUUAAAAGAGAUGCUGUUGUCGGUAUUUCCCAAUCGUAUAUACCUUUCAACCAGUGAUCCAGAAAUUGACAACACAAAAGCACAAUAUAAGAGAGAUUCAACUUUAUCUCACACAUCGAAAUUACAUGGCAAAAGAUUGCAUCAUUGGACUGUGAAGGAUAAAAUUUGCUCUAAAUACAGAGAAAUUCGGUCAGCAGUUUGUGCAAAAGAUGGACGAAGUAGUGGAAAUCUCUUGGAAUUGGAGUCUACAUUUUGUGUUCCCGCGGGCUGCUCUAACGUGUCCUCGAUAAUACCAUAUGAUUCUGGACAAUGCUGGGUAGCGGCGGAGGCAUCAGAAAGCAUACUCUUGUAUGACAGAAAUGGAGACUUGAUGGACUUCGUUAAUGUUGGCUGUCCAGUGGACUCCCUAGCCACUGACAAAGAUGGGAAUGUAUUCAUGUCAUGCCCGGAUUUGAAACAAGUUCGAAUGUUUGAUCGUCACCGACACAUGAGAACUUUUCUGGAUAUGACGCAAUACCCCCGAGGAAUCGCCUAUAUGCGACUUGAAGACUCUAUACUAGUAUGCCGAAACAACAACAAGAUAGCUAACGACCUUACAAUGAAGGCAUGUAAUCCAUUGAGAAAAUAUCCAAUCCGUGGGCCAAAGUCAAGUAAACCACGAGAGAAAGAUGUAGCUGAAAAUAUGUUUGGCUAUCCUUUCCGAGUCUGUGUGAAUGUUAACGAUGACUGCAUCGUAUCUGAUUUUGCUCAUCGAUCAAUCACGGUUUUGGACCCCUCUGGAAGAAUCCGCUUUACCUUCAAGUCAUCCAAAGACUUUCCCAUUCGAAACCGUCAUUCCGUUUGUUGUGAUCUGAAAGGAAACAUUUAUAUAUUUUCAAAAGGUACACCGAACAUCUGUGUAUUGGAACCGGGUGGCAAUAUCAAAGAUUUACUUUCUUGUCAAGAUCUCAUUAAUGAGUCCGUCUUUGCCUCUGUCUUUGAUUCUGACGAUUAUUUAUGGGUGGCUUGCAUGGAUGGAUUCAUCAAAAUUUUUCGAAAAGAUUUAAACCAGCAAAAUCAUAAUUAAUUUUAGUAUUCUGGUAUUCCAGAAUAUUCUUUCUAUAAUCCACAUAUAUCAUUGAUUUGAAUCUCUUGGUUUGUUAUUUCAUGUUCAUUCGAGAAUUUUAAUUCAUGUUGGUACGCGACAGGUUGCGAGCAGAAGGAUGCAAAUUUAGGUAUGUGCUCGACACUUUUGGCCAUUAAGCAGUGAUGGUUCCUUUUCGU